CGGUGUCUCGAGGAAGGCAGCUCUGCAGGAAAGAAGGAUGAACACCGCACAAGCUUAAACCAUCAAUAAUUCAUCCAAUAUAUGCUCGCUGCAUGGCUGUAGAUCAAUCGCUCACUCAUUGACCUAGGCUUCGUUCUGUCAAAAUAUCUCCAGUCACAAAGGAAAUGGCAGCGUACAGACCGAUCCUCGCAGCAGCAACACACAUCACCCGCCGAGCCGCAAGACGUCGCUUCUCCAUCAUCUCAUCAUUGCUAUUAUUUUCUCUUCUAUUUCCUAUAUUCCUUUAUCUUCUACUCGGAAACGUGCUUGCCAGCGACCCUCGAUUGGUUCCACACGCAAUCCGAAACGCGCAGAGCGUGUUAUUCAUCACAGCCCACUCGGAUGAUGGCAGCUUAUUCUUUGGUCCGAGUAUAUUACAGAGUUGGGGGAGGAAACAUGUCAACCGAUAUGUCCUCGUCUUGUCAUCUGGUGAUAUUAGAAAACUCCGAAACGAACCGCCUCGAAACAAAAGCCUCUUGCGACCAAUACUCCAUCCCGGAUAAAAAGUGCCUCAUCCUCGAAAACAAAGAUCUCCAAGCCCACAGACCAUGGGACGAACAACUAAUCCAACGAAUCCUAGAGCGGCAUGUCACAAAAUGGAAUGUCGAUUUAAUCAUCACUUUUGACGCAUACGGUAUAUCGAGCCAUGACGAGAACCAUGUCGCGCUGAGCAACUCCGUGCAACGGUUUAGUAAUCUCCAUGACCAUCACAACCCAGUCGCUUAUGCGCUACAGACAAAAUCCAUGUUUAGAGCGUAUUUGUCCUUGCUAGAUUUGGUACCGACUUCGGUACCAUUCACUUUCCGCAUUCUCCAGGCCAUGUUCCUGUCCGUGCCGGAGGGGUAUCAGACUUCCUUGGACGGGAAGAUUGCUAUACCACCGCCCAAGGAUGGAGAUGUUUACGGCGACAAGGCGUUGAUAGUUACUAGCUGGAGUCGACAUGUCAAAGCCCAAGAGGCGUUGAGGAAGCAUGCGUCAGAGUCUUCGUGGAAUCGGGUUCUGUAUUCGAGUCUAAGUCGGUAUAUGUGGUUUAAUGAUUUAAGGAGGAUGUAA